AGCACGGUCAAGGUUCACUGCUCACUGACAUCCUAACUGAGACGAAAUGUUAGACCGAGGCAGUUUUCAGUAGACCUGAACUAAAGUUUUAUGUUGAUUAACCCCAUUUAAACAUUGUGUUUUGCGAGCUAUAAGGCAAAGAGAACCAGCUAGGCCUAAAAAUUAUUAGAAUGACCACUUUUAUACCACAAAUCGAGAAGCUUUCUUCUCGAAUCAUUCGCGUCCUUGGCUGCAAUCCAGGCAUGUUUACUCUGCAAGGGACGAAUACGUAUGUCGUAGGUACAGGCAGCAAACGCAUCUUGGUGGACACAGGCGAAGAGAAGAAACCUGAGUACAUAUCAAAUUUAAAGAAAGUUCUUAAGGACUCGGGAUCAACCCUUCAAGAAAUUCUGAUAACACAUUGGCACCAUGAUCACACUGGAGGGAUCACUGAAUUAGUUAAGGAAUUGCAACUUGCAAAUGAUGUCAAAGUUUCGAAAUUUCCUAGAAGGCCAGCUCAAGACGAGAAGAUAGAUGCUGAAGGGGUACUCAAAUAUAAUUAUUUAAAUGAUGGUGAUGUUGUAAAAACCGAAGGGGCAACUUUGAAGGCAGUAUACACACCAGGGCAUACGGAUGAUCACAUGGUACUAUAUUUGGAAGAAGAGAAUGCUGUCCUGACUGGAGACUGCAUUCUUGGAGAAGGAACGGCCGUCUUCGAGGAUCUUUUCACAUACAUGCAGUCAUUGCAGAAGCUGGUGAAUUAUGCUCCUGAGAUCCUGUACCCAGGUCACGGUCCUGUUGUCAGUGAUGCUGUAACCAAGAUCCAAAUGUACAUAGACCAUCGUAACAUGAGAGAACAGCAGAUCAUGGAUGUGCUAAUUAAAAAUGGGAAUCCUAUGGAGUCGAUGGAGAUGGUGAAGAUAAUAUAUGUUGAUGUUGGUGAACACUUACACAUAGCUGCUAAUGGAAAUGUUUGUCAUCAUCUCUCUAAACUUGAGAAGGAAAACAAAAUUGUACAGAUGAAGGAAGGUGUUGUUCCCAAAUGGAAAGCUAAUUUAUAAACAUUGCCAUUUUAUUAAUUUAAAUGCUGUAAUCUGCACAAUAUGUAAAAUCCAUCCAAAAAAUGUGUCAACCAAAUGCAAUCAAUACAGUAUUGAAUUUAUAAAGUAAAAAAGUGAAUGGAAAAUGGAACAAAAAGCAACAUAUAAAGCAAGUUGGUUGAGGAACUGCAUAGGAACCUUUUGGUCCCAUUCACAAAAUAAUAACACACAAGACAAAAAUGGUCACAAAGUAAUAAUAAGCAAUGAAAAAAUGGUCACAAACACAGAUCCAAUUUUAUUGCAAAUUAAGAAUAUACAGUACAGGUACUUUAUCAAUGUUUAUGAUAUUUUUAUAUAAAGAAACAUUAAAUUGUAUGGUACAUGUGACAUUGAGAAAUUGAUGCUGAUUUCUCUUCUGCACUAAUUGGUAUGCAGAACUGUUGAGAGAACUUUUAUUUAACCACCAUGCAUUAUUGCAUGAUAUUUUUUAAUGUGUAUAUAUGCAAAAACCUAGUGGAAAGUAAACAUUUUAUAAGUACAGGAUAGUACUGAUUUUCAAAUAUAAAAAAGAUGAUUUUUAACAGAGUUUGGUGUGUGGGAUCAUUGUGCCACAUUAUUGUCCUUGAUAUGCAUAUAUGAUUUAAGGAGAUUUAUUCUAAUCUAAAUUUUGUUUUUCACGAUUAAAUGUAUUAAUAUACAUUGUUGUUUUUUAAAUAAAUAAAUAUUCCAUAAUUGUA